AUGUCCUCCGAAAACGAGAAACAGAGGGCCGACCACGAAAAGGCGUCGUAUGUCGUCGAAUCUGUCUCUGACGACGACUUGCCCUCGUACGAGGACGCCGCUGUAACGACUGGGGCUCCUACGGAGAAGAUCAGUCCUCUGGGUUAUCAUGUCGACUGGUUAAGCGUCAUAUUUUUGAAUGUUAGCAAGAUGAUUGGGACAGGUGUCUUCACAACCCCUGGAGCGAUUUUGGUCGGCGUUGGCUCCGUGGGUCUCAGCCUGAUCUUCUGGGUCAUUGGAUAUGCUUUUGCAGGAGCCAGUCUUGCGGUGUUCCUCGAGUAUGCUUCAUAUUUCCCCCAUCGCUCAGGAGCCGAGGUGGCCUACUUGGAGAAGGCUUACCCCAGGCCGAGGUUCUUGAUGCCAACUGUUUUCGCAACACAGUCCGUUCUUCUAUCGUUCAGCAGUAGCAAUGCAAUAGUCCUUGCGCGAUAUGUCCUUGUGGCAGGUGGGCUAGAAGCGACAGCAUGGAGGGUUCGCGGACUAGCUGUCGGCGUUUUCACUGGCAUCGUGAUCAUCUGUAUCAUCAGCACCAAGUGGUCAUUGCGCCUUUCAAAUGCCAUCGGAGUCGUGAAAGUCACGGUGCUCAUUUUCAUUGCCGUAACCGGUUUUGUUGUGCUGGGUGGGCACACUCGCGUGGAAGACCCGCAUGCCAACUUUCGAAACGCCUUUGAGGGGACGACCUCCAACGGUAACGGUCUGGCGACAGCUCUAGUUAAAGUUAACUUUGCGUAUGCUGGCUAUGAGAACGCCUUCAAUGUUCUCAACGAAGUCAGGAACCCGAUUAAGACGAUGAAGCGAUAUGCGCCUCUUUCGCUAACUGUCGUCUUUAUCCUGUAUUUCUUCGCCAAUAUCGCCUACUUUGCGGCCAUUCCCAAGGAAAGCAUCAGGACAUCGAAAGAGUUGACCGCCAGCCUGUUCUUCACUGCUGUCUUCGGCAACAGCAAGUCGGUGACUGCCCUCAGUGCUCUCGUAGCUGUUAGCAGUUUCGGUAACCUGCUUGCUGUCAUCAUCGGUUCAUCAAGAGUCAUCCGAGAAUGUGGAAGGCAAGGUGUGCUGCCAUAUCCGCGCUUCUGGGCCUCGGUUCGACCUUUCAACACCCCUCUCGGGCCAUAUCUCCUCAAGUGGAUUCUGACGGUUAUCGUCAUCAUCGGUCCUCCAGCAGGAGACGCAUUCAACUUCAUCGUCGAUCUGCAAUCCUACCCCGCCAACGUCUUCAGCUUCCUGAUGACGGUCGGCCUCUGGUUCGUGCGCAAGCGUCGUGCAAGCAUCGGUGCGCCCAAGAGCGAGUUCAGAGCGUGGAACGUGGUGCUCUUGUUCGCAAUUGCCGUCAACAUCUACCUUCUUGUCCUGCCGUGGGUUCCACCUGAAGGAGGCAUCUAUGCCGGCGACGUCAGCUUCUUCUAUGCUACAUAUUGCAUCGUCGGGCUGGGGUUUUUGGCCGUCUCGGCGUUUGUCUAUCUUCUCGUCAUCAUUCUCUUGCCCAGGUGGGGCAAUUACACGAUUCGCCAACUCCUGGAGAGGCUUCCGGAUGGAGCACAGGCUAACCGCCUGGUCAAGGUGCCUAACAGCGAGCUUGCGGAGUGGGAUGCGACGCAUGAUGAGCAUGGAGAUGUUAUUGUGAAGAGUGAAACGAAACAGUAG